UUUUCGAUUCUGGGGUUUUGCCCUGUCGGAAUUCGUGUGGGAGGGGAUCUCUUUGCCGCGGUUCGAAUGGCGUCCUGCUUGGCGGUAGCAUCGGAGAUACAGAAAAUGGCUGCACUGCAACCCUCAUUCUCAUCAGCAAUGGCUAUGAAAAAUCUGAAGUUCCCCAAAACUGCACUUUUACCUUGCUUUGGUAGUAUUGCACGUCCUCAAGAUGUGCAGGACAGGAAUGCUAACUUCAAUUGUUCAAGGCCUAAAGCAGCUUCAGUGACUGACCAUUCAACAGCAGAGCCAGCAAAACCCAGGCAAAGCAAGCACACUGUUGAUCCUGCAGCUCCAGAGUUUCUGCCACUCCCAUCAUUUGAAGAAUGCUUUCCAAGGAGCACAAAAGAAUCCAGGGAAAUUGUGCAUGAGGAAUCUGGUCAUGUCCUCAAGGUCCCGUUUAGGAGAAUCCAUUUGACUGGAGAUGAGAAGCAUUUUGACACAUAUGACACCAGCGGUCCUCAAAACAUUAGCCCACGGACUGGACUUCCAAAGAUAAGAAAGGAAUGGAUUGACAGGAGGGAGAAGUUAGGUGGUCCUCGAUACACACAAAUGUAUUAUGCUAAGCAGGGAAUCAUAACAGAGGAGAUGCUAUACUGUGCCACACGUGAGAACCUUAGUCCUGAAUUCGUCCGGUCAGAGGUUGCUCGUGGACGAGCUAUAAUUCCUUCCAACAAGAGGCACCUGGAAUUGGAACCAAUGAUUGUUGGACGGAAUUUCCUUGUAAAAGUGAACGCAAACAUUGGGAACUCAGCUGUUGUGAGCUCCAUUGAGGAGGAAGUUCACAAACUCCAGUGGGCUACAAUGUGGGGAGCUGAUACUGUCAUGGACCUUUCAACAGGGCGUCAUAUCCACGAGACCCGGGAAUGGAUCCUUCGCAAUUCUUCAGUUCCUAUUGGGACGGUUCCUAUUUACCAAGCACUUGAGAAAGUUAAUGGUAUUGCUGAAAAUCUGAGCUGGGAAAUCUUUAGAGAUACUCUAAUUGAACAAGCUGAGCAGGGUGUUGAUUACUUCACAAUCCAUGCUGGUGUACUCCUUCGUUACAUUCCUCUUACAGCAAAGAGAAUGACUGGCAUAGUUUCACGUGGUGGUUCUAUCCAUGCAAAAUGGUGCCUAACAUAUCAUAAGGAGAACUUUGCCUAUGAACACUGGGAUGAAAUUCUUGACAUUUGCAAUCAGUAUGAUGUUUCAUUAUCCAUUGGUGAUGGUUUGAGGCCAGGUUCUAUUUAUGAUGCAAAUGAUAGUGCUCAGUUUGCAGAAUUGCUGACUCAAGGGGAACUCACACGCCGAGCUUGGGCGAAAGACGUGCAGGUGAUGAAUGAAGGUCCAGGGCACAUUCCGAUGCAUAAAAUUCCUGAAAACAUGGAGAAGCAACUGGAGUGGUGCAAUGAAGCACCUUUCUACACACUGGGCCCACUGACAACUGAUAUUGCACCUGGUUAUGAUCACAUCACCUCAGCCAUUGGUGCUGCCAACAUUGGGGCUCUUGGCACUGCACUUCUUUGUUAUGUAACACCAAAGGAGCACCUUGGAUUGCCCAACCGUGAUGAUGUUAAGACAGGCGUGAUAUCCUAUAAAAUUGCUGCUCAUGCUGCUGAUUUGGCAAAGGGCCAUCCCUAUGCACAAGCAUGGGAUGAUACACUAAGCAAGGCGAGAUUUGAGUUUAGAUGGUUGGAUCAAUUUGCUUUAUCUCUGGAUCCUGUAACCGCCAUGUCUUUUCAUGAUGAAACAUUACCAUCUGAGGGUGCCAAAGUAGCACAUUUCUGCUCAAUGUGUGGCCCAAAGUUUUGUUCAAUGAAAAUCACAGAGGAUAUUAGAAAAUAUGCUGAUGAACAUGGUUAUGGGACAGUGGAAGAAGCUGUAAUAGAGGGAAUGAAUGCUAUGAGUGCUGAGUUUUUGGCUGCAAGGAAAACAAUCAGUGGGGAACAACAUGGUGAAGCUGGAGGGGAGAUCUAUGUUCCAGAAAGCUAUACAGCUCGCAAAUAAGAUCAUCUUGGUGUCCAACUAUUCCAAGUGAUACAGAUUUACUGGCUGGAAUGUUUAUCAGCACCAAUCUUCACCAUCCUAUGUUAGGAGGUGGUAAGCAGUAUAAGUGCCUUGAAUAAAGCUGGUGUUGCUUAGCUUCAGUUUGUUAGUUCCGUCAUGGACUGUAAUAAAAUUAAACUCUAUAUGUGAUCCUUUUCGUGUCAUAUUCUCUUCUUUGUAUCACUGUGGGUUGUUAGUAAUGAAAGUUGCACCAGGGGUGCCUGUAUUCUCAACAAUCUGAAGGCCCGGUGGCCUGGAUUGUUGUGAGAUGGGCUGAGAAAGUCCCUUUGAACCUGAACAGGAUAAUGCCUGCGAAGGGAGUGUGCACUUCUACUUUUAUGUUUCCAGGAAACUCUCAACACACAACCCUUUUUGGUGGGAGAUCGAGCUACCAAAUGUUACCGAACGCCUGAGCUCAGCAACUGCA